UUCAGUUUGCCUUUGUUGUCAAAAUAAAGGAACCCCUUGGAACUGUUUCCAUUUCGCACCCCCGGGCACAAAAGCAUUUGCUUUCAGCCACCAUUUUCGAACUCACACAGGAGCACUACGGCGCUGUUUGGUGAAAAAUCAUAAAUUGAGCGUGAAACAAAAGUUUACCGUGUGAAAACAGCUUCAGGGUUGGAUUUGAUCUCCUUUGCUACGCAAGAGACACAGCGUUUACGGAAAAACUCUUCCGAACCGAGGUCGUGCGCGCGUGCAUGUGGUAGUCUCUGUGAGUGCGUAUCGAGCAAAACCAGUUGGAAGUGAGAAUCAGCCUGCCAAUCUGGACGGUGCUGCGGAGUCGCGUUGAGUCAGUGUUUUGUUUGUGCAAUUCAGCGGAAGCGUUCAACGUUCAAGGGAAAGCCCAACGCGCAUAUUAUUAUAUGCUCUUCGUUGAAGAUUCACACUCCGUCACCGUCGAUCGAUCAAGCUCUCGGUUUGCUGCGUUUUCUCUGUGCCCAUUUGAGGCGAGCAUAUUUUCCUCCUGAACGUACGUACGUACGUCCGUCGUCCGUUAGUGUGAGUGAGACGUGACGAGCUGCUACUCGAAGCGGUGAGACAGAGACGGAAACCGAACGGAGAGUGCAUGCGAAAAGGAGAUCGCGAGUCACCAGACACAGAUCUUCCGUGGCGCGGCGGCGACGAUAGGCGACGAAAAGUGGAACGUCACACAGCCACCAGCGGAAGCAGUCGGAUUGGCAGUCAGUUUAUUUCAAGUGAAGCAAUCGGAUAUUGUAGUAGUAGCGGCCACCGCCACAACACACGAAACGACGUUCCCUUGUAGGAGCUGCCGCAGCUGACCGAUGCGUGUUGUUGUCGUCGGAAAGGUGCAAUCGUCUGUUGAAAGCUUCAGUGCGCUAGUGCUUAGUGACUAGGACGAUCGUCGAUCGAAGGAGAACACGGACCGCAACGAAAACGACCAGAUACCAGGGCAGUGGUUGUAGCCUGGCACGUGGUUGAGUCUUUUGCUUGUUUCCUCGCUAAUCCGUACGGUCCCCGAAAUUUACGGCAGAGCGUCAGAUCGUUUGCCGUUAGCACCGUCGAACACAUAAACUCACAAUGACUGCCACACCGUCGAGUUCCGCCGUACGGGCGCUAUCCUUGGAGUACAAAAGCCUCCAGGAGGAGCCGGUCGAGGGUUUCCGCGUGAAACUGCUCAACGAGGACAAUCUGUUCGAGUGGGAGGUGGCAAUUUUCGGGCCCCCAGACACCCUCUACCAAGGGGGCUACUUCAAGGCUCAUAUGAAAUUUCCUCCAGACUAUCCAUAUUCUCCUCCUUCGAUACGAUUUUUGACAAAAGUUUGGCACCCAAAUGUGUACGAGAACGGUGACCUCUGUAUAUCGAUCUUACAUCCCCCGGUCGAUGAUCCGCAGAGCGGCGAGCUUCCCUGCGAACGAUGGAAUCCAACACAAAACGUUCGCACAAUCCUACUGUCCGUGAUCUCAUUGCUAAACGAACCGAACACCUACUCUCCAGCCAACGUCGACGCAUCCGUGAUGUACCGGAGAUGGCGAGAUUCGCACGGCAAGGACAAUGAAUAUCCAAACAUAAUCAGGCGACAAGCACAGGCUGCUAAAGCUGAGGCCGAAAAGGAAGGAAUCAUUGUGCCGCUCACCCUAGAAGAAUAUUGCAUCAAGUCGAAAACGAAACCUAGUGGCCAGGAACCUCAGCUCGAUAUGACCGAUUUCUACGAUGAUGAUUACGAUCUGGACACAGAAGACGAUGACAACGCGUCGGUUGAAUCUUACGCCGACGGAGACGACAGUGGCAACGGUGAAUCCUAACGUGGAACAUCGGCCGCGUAAAACCAAGCCCGAAAUAGAAAGAGAUAGAGUGAGGUAAAGUGAGAGAUGGAACGAGGGAUGGAGCGAGAGAUAGAGCGAGGGAUGGAGCGAGAGUUAGAGGGAGAGAGAAACAGCGAUAAGGAAGACGGAGUUCUCGCAGGUUUAUUGUGAACUGGCGUCAAGUAGUGUGUAGUAGUUGAUUGAAAGAGUUUGUCUGGAAAGAAAGAGUACAGUGGCCUCGGUAGAUGGGUUGGCAUCACUCUUGUUAUGAAUUAUUAAAAGUUCAUCUCAUCUGACCGUUAGCAUACCAAUGCAGAGCAGGAAUGUCGAGUAUCCGUUUGCCAAAUCAAUGUACCGGUAUAUUUCACUUCAACUGUGCUGUUCUUCUACGGUCGAGCAAAGAACUCAUUGCUGGAAAAUGAAAUUAACAGUAAAUAAAAUUUUAGUACCACUGAAACUGAUCCUAGAGCUGUCGAGAAAGGGACCCGCUAAAUAGUACCUUCACCCUUUUCCAUUUGCUUUAGACCACCUUGUGCAGUGUAUGGUCAGUGAUUGCAACAAAACUAUUGAUGAAUGACCAGAACCACUGGUGGGGAAAAUCCACAGCCACAGUGUGAUGUGAGAAACGAUUCUUAAACUAAUCAAUUGCGCUCAGUUAUGUUCCGGUAAGAGGUGAACGGAUGUGGCAAUAAGCCAAUUAAAGUGCAUAUAGUUGUAGAGAGUUCAAAACGACAUCAUCAUCAGGACGAAGGAGCCAAGCAGAUAAAAAUUCAGAGAAUUCCUACGCCGGCACUGAAAAGAUCAGUAUCAGUUUCGGUAUUUGAAAAAGAAGGAAUUUAAAGGACAUCACGCAACAGAUGUUGUCUGGCGAGGAACUCUAGUGUAUUAUUCUUAUCGGAAUGACAUAGAAAGAUUCAAUCAUCUAAGCCAACCAUCAAAGCAACCUACCGCACCGUCGCGAUAUGUCACGGCGAACAUCAAUAAGCAAUUGC